AUGUAUGCAAAAUUCAAGCGUCGCAUUGACCACGCAGAGCGUGCUGUCCCUCGGAAACGCAGACAACUCACGGGCCCCAUCACAAUAACGGUGGUCAGAACGAUAAUCCCAGCCAGCACUUCGACGAGUUCUAUCCCUAGCACGUCCAGCACGUCCACUUCAUUCUCUUCGACUUCGAUUUCUUCAUCUACGACCACCUCUUCCGUGAUAACUGCGACAUCCACAACGGUGCCACCACCUAUCACUCCCAGUGGAUCCACUUCAUCCUUGCCCACCUCCACCAUAUCUUCCUCUUCCUCUCCAUCUACGACCAUCGAACCUGUAGCAGGCUCCGCCGCUUCGUCUUCCCGGCUCUCUUUUGGCGCCAUUGUGGGCGUUGUGAUAGGAUGUGUCGUCGCCCUCGUCAUUGCAAUCUUCCUCUGUACCCUCUGCACACGGAAGAGAUAUCAGCGGGAUCGAGCCAGGCUAAGGAGCCUGUGGGCAAGCAAGGAUCCGGCUCCGGGUCUCCCUGGCAUCAUGGGAGGCUUCGAGCCAAAACCAUACACAUUCACGCCAAACGAGCAGACGGCGCAAGUGAAUCCCAGCACACUGGGUUCGGCACCGGUUCCCGUCCCUAUCGUGCAGGUCGCGCCGCCCCCAGCAUCGUAUAGCAACGUAACCUUGAGCGCUUCGCCGGCCGUUUCCAACCUGCCAGUCUACUCUCAGGGUACACAGCUCGACUCCCCGUUCUCGACGACCGUCGUGUGCACGUUCCUCCCUAGCCUGCCGGAUGAGCUCUCAAUCAACAUUGGAGAUACGAUUAGGGUGCUGGCGGAGUAUGACGAUGGGUGGGCUCUGUGCAUGAGCAUGAACGGCGAGCAGGGUAUGGUCCCGCUAGAGUGUCUGGAUCAGCAGGCUGGGAGUUUUAGAAGUAGCGGUGAGUCUGGCGUUACCGCUGGUGGAUUGGGUGUCCCUCGAGAUAGGGAAGUGAGGAGAAGUCGGAGAGUUAGCAGCCUGGACCCUAACGCGAAGGCCUUGAAGGCCUACCAAUAG